GUGCGGGCACAGUGACCUUGAUUGGACCGUUUUGACCAGCAGUAGCGGGCGGCCGAGGGAAGCCGCUGUCAAGUAGAUGUCGACCUGUCGGGAAAUAAAGCUAACUUAAACCAAAAAACAAAACACACACACACCAAGUGAGACGGAGAAGUCGUUCGAAAUGGGAGGAAAUGGCAGCACGGCGAGGAAAGUGUCAUUCGAACUGGACGAGGAAGAGAAGGUCACUGUUAUUGAAGGAGUGAAGCUGUCAGAGGAUGUUCUCAGCCGAAUGAGGGAUGCUCAGGGGUCUUGCAGUACCAACACGACGCCAGCUAAGCAAGACAAUCACAAAACAUCAAGUUUAAAAUCUCCCGGCCCCUCUGCCACAGAACUACAGGAAGAAAUUCGUAGAAACUUUGAGAAUCAGCAGGCACUGGUGCAGAAGCAGUUGGCCGCACUUGCCCAGAGGGAUAGAGACACUGCAAGCUCGGUUGGGUUGGAUGGUCUUAGCCCUUCGCUCAUUGUUGAGAAAGAGAAGGCCCGGGAAGAACAAGAGAAGUCAAAGCUACUGCCUGCCGAUUUAGAUGCCUGGGCCAGACAGUUGGAGAGGAAGGAACAAGAGUUGGCCAGCAUUUCCAGCUUCUAUAAAGAUCAACUUGAGAUACUGGAGAAGAAAAAUCUUGAAGCUUACAAGCAGACGGCUGAAGAGUACAACCAGGCAGCCACCAAAGCAGAGGCUCACAUCAGGCCCCGGCAGACCGCGUCAGUGUGCACUGAGCUGCAGGCCAAGGUGCUCCAGUGUUACAGAGAAAAUCCCCAGCAAACCCUGCACUGCUCCAGUUUGGCCAAACAGUACAUGACCUGUGUCCAGCAAGCCAGGAAGAUUUCACCGACCAAUCACGGAUGAGAAGCCCCAAGCAAGAAAAGCAUGACGAGCAGACGUGAAGAAGAGGGAGCGUGUCAAAUCCCUCCAAUUCUUGCUUCCCUCGAUGCUUUCUGUUAGACAUCCAUCCAUUUAUUUAUUUAGCCACCACCACUGAAGAGUUUCCCUCUUCCUCCUUCACUCACCAUCCUUCAAUUUUUUUUUCUUCUUCAUUUUUGAGUGUAUUAUCUUGAUUUGUCUCUCUGGAGUGUAUGAUGCCUUGAUUUAUUGUCAAGUUGCGCAGGCACACCCGUGCCUUCUCGGAAAUAAAUCCAGGUGAUCCGGCGGUGAUGAGACGACA